GUGAACCAAAGCUUCACCCUCCGAAACACUAGGUGUCAGUAGCGCGUCACCGUGCUCCAAUUUCCCGAGGUGAAAAAGAAGUCGGCGAAGCCUCUAACAGUGAACGUGCGGACUUAUGGAACUGUGUUAACUGGAGGCUGAGUCAUGCGGCGAGGGGAGAGCGGCCCCCGAGCCUUCCAGGCUCCUGUGGACGUCCACGCCAGUGCUGACGGUCAGGUGUACAUGUUCAAGAGCAGGCAGGAUCAGUCUGCUGUGUCCUCAGAUGAGGAGGAGGACGAUGAGGAGGAAGAGGUCAGUGGCAUGGAGAUGAGGACUCGGGCUCCACUGGACCAGGACAGGCCCCUCAACGUGGAGUUACUGGAGAAGGAAGUGUUAGAUGGUGACAAUCUGAACAACCUUGCGUUGAAAUACGGCUGUAAGGUCGCUGAUUUGAAGCGGGUCAACAAUCUCAUGCACGAGCAGGACUUAUUUGCGCUGAAAUCCAUCAAAAUCCCCGUUCAGAAGCACAGUUUUUUAAUGGAGGAGUUCCUGGACGUUCAUGAAGAAGCCUCUCCGGCCGUGCGAGGGCAUCCGUCAGGCCGAGCCAGAAGCCAGCAGCAUCUUCCUGAGGUCACAGACUUUCUAAUGGAGGUGGACAAUGAUAUCGAGAAAUUGAUCCAGGACUCAGGGGAUCACAGUUUCUUCAGUUUCUCUAAGGAAAAGCAGCGGUUUGCCAAGAAAGCGCAGGGCCUUAUGUGUCCCGGCGCCGACUGGGGCAUCCACUGGUGGAACGCCGUGAUCGCCAUGUUCCUCAUCGUCAUCGUCCUGCCCUUGUUCUACGUGAUUUACUUCAAAACCAAAUCCAGCGAGGAGGCCCUCGCUGGGCACACGUUACAACCGGCAUCUGCCUCGAACAGCACAGGGAAGGACGUAUAGGAGGGUCUCCCAACACGACCAUAAAAGGUGGAGCAGGUCCGAAAACAAAACCCUGCCGAUAAGAAAUAAUAAGCAAUAACAACACACUACUUACCAAAAGCACUCACCUAUAAUGCAUCAUUAGUUCAUUCAUAAAACGUUUUAAGGCAUGGAUAAGUCAAAGGAAAUUUAUGGCAAGCUUUAUAAAGCAUUACGAGUUGUGCACUUAAUCUAGAUAUUAGGACUUAAGUCUUAUUAUCCAUAAGAAACAUUGUCAUAAGCUGUCAUGCAUGGUUAUGAACAUUCAUGACGUCUUCUAUAGAGCCAUAUAAAUGCAUUAUGAUGUCUUAUAAGUGUACUGAUAAUGCAUUAUAGACCUUCAUAUGAAGUGUAACCAAGCACUCAGUCCACACUUGAAGUUUAAACCCACAACAAUUCAUUUUCACUCAAUUUAAAAGCUUGCUUGACCCAGGAAUUGUUCAUUGUUGACGGAGGUUACGACGCAUUAUGGUGAAUCCAUCCCAAUGUCUUAUCAACUGCCAAUGAAAAACUUCACCUUUUUAAUCCGAAACCUACUCUUGAUUUGUCUUCAAAUGAAUCAACUAAAAACGAUACUUAUCUCACCUGUUAUGACUAAAUAAUGGUGUAUAUCUGGAGGCUUUCUUAUUUUAAUGGUUGCACAGAUAGUGCCUUAUCAACUUUCACUUGAGUACUACCAGUACUACCUUGCAUAUGUGUGUUCUCCUUUUCUAAAUAAUAGUGACAAGCACAAGGAAAUAUCUUCUGCUUCAAACCGACUUGUUACUACCUUUAAAUCUGUCUGGGCUUCUUUCGCUACAAGGCACCAGGUGGCGGCCAUUGUUUCAGGUACAGUAGCAAAAAAUGUGGUGGAGCGCAUUCAUUCAUCUCUGCACAAUAACGGAUCAUUUUAUGGUACGAAACAGACAUUUUUAAAUGUGUGACUUUUUGGAAUCUCUUUUAAGCUUGCGUUGUUGGUUUUGUGUUGUGAUAUCAACUUCAGGGCAAAAGUGUAGAUUGUGUUUACAGGAAAAAAAAAUGUCGUGCAAUAUGCUUGUAGUUGAUUUCACUUUGCACUUUGGAUACUAUUAACAUCUCAGGUCAUCUGCAACUAAUUUUACCAAGUGCCUAAAUCGUGUGUGAUAUAUAUAUAUAUAUAUAUAUAUAU